AAGGAAGAAACAACAAAUAGGGAUUUUUUUUGAUUUGGAUUGAAUUGAAAAAACAGGAGCAUCUUGAAGACUAAGAAAAGGAUGAGGAAGAGGAGGAGAGGUGUUGUUUGGAGACAAGGAAUUGGGAAUGACAAGUGUUCAUAGUGUUGAAGGAGGGAGGGAGAGAGAGAAGGAGACAGGGGAAAGCAGAGAAGGAGCUGAAAGUGAAAGCCGAGUUUGGAAAAUUAUCAAGUGACAAUAGGAAAAGAGCAGAUUGUCAGAGUUGGAAGCGCUGAAAGGAGGAGGAGAGAAACAGAAAAAAAAGGAGGGGAGAAGAAACUGAGGGAGAGAGAACAGAGGAAGAGGAGGAGGAAUAGAGGCAGCGCUGGAAAGUAAAUUGUGGACCAGAAGCAGAUGUGAGCAGCAGUGACAGAGAACAGAGGGGAAGGAGAAAGAGGAGGAGAGGAAGAAGAGAGGAACUAAAGUCUCUGACGUCGAUGUGAAACCUUCUCAAGCUGCUGAAUGCUAUCAGGACCAAGCAGACAGCUGCCAAGCCCCCCCCCCCCAACACACACACACACACACACACACACACACACACACACGCAGGCACGCACACACAGAUAGUGCUGGAAAUGACUUGUCCACUGAGGCUGUUUGGUGUGGCGGACUCACAGUGACAGUUGGAAAUAACCGGUUCCACAUCCAGUCAGCACUGUGUGAAGAUGAAGUGACCCCACCUGAAUUUGACCUAAGGCAACAUCACAUGUUUUGAUGUGUCCAUCAGACGAAGCACAGCAACAAAUAUGUCAGUGAAGCUGCGAUUUGACUCUCCCUCAGAUGGAGGUUUGGUCCACAGGAGCCGCUCCUUCACAGGGUUCAGCUCUCUGAACGGACAGCGACGACGGACGUCCUCCAUGCGAAACUCUCUCCGCUCCAAAGCCUCCACAGGAGGUAAAUCUAGGAUGCACCUGUCUCCCAUCCGAGGGGGUGGAGGCAUCUGGUCUCUGCAGCCUGAGCAAGUCGAGAGGGUUUUCCAGGCGCUACGCAAGGGACUCAAGGACUAUCUGGAGGGUCACCAGGCAGAAAUGGACUUCCUGUGGUCACAGCAGAGAGAGACCAAGAGAAACUCCAGACUGGCUUUUCUCUAUGAUCUGGAAAAGGAGAUCAGAGCACUGGAGAGAUAUAUACGACGGCUGGAAUUUCAGAUCAGCAAGGUGGAUGAGCUGUACGAGACCUACUGUAUCCAGCGGAGGUUGUGUCAGGGAGCGGUCAACAUGAAGAGAGCCUUCUCUCUGUCCCCGUCCACCAGAGCGUCCAGAGAGAGUCUUCUGGAACUCAACCGCAACCACAGACACAGUCUGCAGGACAUGUCUGUGAUGGAGGGAGAGCUAGAAAUCCUCCUUGGAGAGCUACACAUCAAAAUGAAAGGUCUGAUCGGCUUCGCUCGCCUCUGCCCUGGAGACCAGUACGAGGUGGUUGUGCGGCUGGGCCGCCAGCGAUGGAGGAUCAGGGGGAGGAUUGAGUCAGACGACAAGCAGUCCUGGGAGGAAGAGGAGAUGGUCUUCCUCCCUCACAUACAUCACAACUUUGAGAUCAAGGUGACAGAAGCCAAGGGUUUGGGCUGGUUGCUGGUUGGCAUGGUGACGUGUGCAAGCGUGGACUUCUUCGUGGCGAGGCCGCAGCUGAUGUUGGUGGACAUCACAGAGCUGGGAACCAUCAAACUGCAGCUGGAAGUCACCUGGAAUCCGUUUGACAACGCUGAGAAGAUGAGGCCGCUGUCUGUGAGCAAGCUGUCAGUGUCCAGCAGAAAGAGUUCAGUUUACAGCUGGACGGCGCCGAGCACCCCCUCCUUCACUGAGAAGUACUUUGUAUCGAUGGUGCGUGAGCUGCAGGGUCAGGAAGGUUCACUCCCGUCCCUUGCGUCUAAAAGCCGUCAUAACAGAGGAGACGUGUCUCUGCUCAGCUACCUGUCCAACCCCCUCUACAGCACUAACAGCCCCUACAACCCGAGUCUCACGCGGGCGCACAGCUUCCCAUUCAGCCCCAGUCCAGGCCUCAGUCUGGGUGGAAGUCAGACUCAGCUCUUCCUCAGGGAGGAAGGAUCCAUGAAGGAAAGAGGGAGAAGGAGAAGGAUGGAUGAGAAGGAAGAGAAGGAAGAGAAGGAAGAGAAGGAGGAAGAAUGGGACGAGUUAGAGACUGCCUCUACACCAGCAGAGAGGAAGAUCGGAUCGUUGCCAGCCCUGCUGAGGUCCAACACUCCUGACAUCCUCAAAAAGAACAAAGCUGGAGAACCAAAUGCUGAGGCACAAAGAGAAGCUCUGGUGCAGGACUCCCCCGACUGUCAGUUAUAUUCUUCCCCGGCCUCGCCCACCAAGACUCCAGCUGCUGCUCCAUCCCCAACCACAGCGGAUGCCCCUACAUCGGGGAGGUCAGGUGUGAGCAGUGCACAGCGCAGGGCGCAGGCCCUCAGGUUGGGCGCUCUGAUCACCGAGCUGGAGAAGACCUUACAGAACCAGGAUCUGUCUGAGAAGGAGCUGAGAACCCUGGACCACCAGAUACUGCACCUGGCAACCAUACUGAAGAACAACCUGUCCCUGCUGAAAAGCUCAUCAUCAGAGGAGACACUGGCUGUCGAGGAAGUCCUGGGCAGCUUUGACUUUCUGUCAAAUGACUUUAACGCAGAUGAUGACACUUCCUGUUUGGGCAGCCUCCGACUUAAAGAUAAUGGCAUCACCACUUUCCAGCGGAACACUCGGAACCUCGGCCUCCUCUCCCGGGACAACCAAUCAGCUUCUGAGGAAGAAUUGGUCAUCACCCCUCUGACCUCUGGGAACUGGGGUCUUGAUCAAGCUCUGGAGACUCACCUGGAUAUUUGCCUCAUCCUGCUACAGAUGAUAAAAACGACCGACUUCAGUUCCUCGAGGAGAGACGUGCUGGACGAGAUGUCUCUUCAAGCCGACGUCCUGGACAGAGUCAGCUGUCUGCUGCUAGAGAAGAAUGACAACAUAUCUGCUUGUGACGUCCUUCCUGACGCCCAGAGAACGAGGGAUGUUCUGCUGUUCUGGGAGGAUUGUGUGAACGACAGCAGCUCUUUUUUCUAUUGUGACCCCAGCGCCUUCACUGGGACGCUGAAGAAACGCUACACGCACAAGGUGAAAGCCAAGGAGCCCGGGCAAUCUGAAAAAGUGUUCGAUCAGCUCCUGCAGCAGGUGCAGGCGACCUGUCGGAUGGUACCCCCUCCUCGGCCUGUCUGCAGCACAGACAGAGUCACGCUCUUCCAGCUGUCUGUGUAUCUGAAGCGUUGGAGCAUCGAGGAGCUGGGAGAGCACAUCUCCCGACUCUCCAAAGAAGAAUACAUCCAGUUGGCCCUUAGGAGCUCCAAACGGAAAAGAGCUUUAAAUAAACUGAGGGGGCGGAGUGUUGCAGAGCUCCUCCCACUCAAGUGCACGCUGCAGACCCUGGCCGACCUGCAGGUCGACUCCAACCACAAAGUGUGCAAAGCCGCUGCCACCUGUCUCUCCAGAGCUGCAGGAUGCAAGGCCUUUAGGAGCAAGGCGUUGGUUUACUACACUGAGAGUUUAAAAAGCACUGACACCCAAAUCCAACAAGGCACCUGUCUGGCUUUGAAAUGCCUCAGGGCGACAGAGAGUGUGGACCACAUAGCGGAUUUGUGGCGAUCAAUGGAUGAAGAACUAUGCAGCACUGCCAGAGAGACCAUCCUGUCCUUUGGUAAGAAGGGCUUCCUGGCCUUCCAGAGGAUGGACCAGCUGUACACUGAGAUGCAAGAGGAGGCUUACCGGAACCAAGAGACUGAGAUUACCAUUCUAUAGGAAACAAGCCUCGAACUAAAAUAAAAUCUAGAAUUUCAAUGAGCCUGAGUGCCGUGCCAGUGAAAAGGUAUCUCACUUUUCAGAAGAUUGAAUUUUUGUAAAAACCUGUGCUUUGAUAACUUUGACAAAUGAUGAGCAAAAGAAGAUCCAAUCCAAUGAUGGCGGCUUUUUCAUUUCCUCAUGGAUUCUAUGCACCAAAUCUUCAAUUUUCUUGACCCUGUGAUCAGAGAAGGUCCUUUACUAUGUGGAUUUUUUGUAUUAUAGCACUUUUAGUUAUUUAACCAGAGAAGAGACCAUGUGCAGCUUUGAAUAUUUUUGUUGGGAUUAGCGUUCAACAACCUAUGACCUUUUCCAGUGAAACUACUGGUUUUAUUGGAAAGUGAAGGACACCACAAUACAUCCUUAGGAAGCCAAAUAAAUCUUCAAUAACCACUGAAACCAUGACGGAUGUGUUUAAUGUAUUUAACCCACGACAUUGAACGGUGUCAAAGAAAUAUUGAAUGAACAACUGCGGCCCAUAGUCAAUCAGCAUUUAAGAGGUUUCUUCUUUUCUUAACGGGAAGAACAGUUUGACAUAUUAUAUGAAAGUGCUGCCCUCUGCUGUCUGUCCAGGUUACCUGCAGUUUGGGAAUGACCGGACGUGGGAAUGCUUUUUGCUCGCCACAGAAUAGAUUUAGCUGUGGUUUGACUGACCUGAGACCCUUUCCUACUGGGUAUUUAAAGACUGUUUGUGAGGUUAAAGAAAUGGCAUGGGAAGAAGAUGUUAGUUUGCAUUUUGUAUUUUGCAAGAAAAGAGAAAUAUUUGGUUUACAGAGUCAAGUGAGGUCAAGUCUACGAUUGUGUUUUUAUAAGUGUGUUGUUGUGGGGUUAUUUUUACAAGAAAUGCAGUUUAGAUAUUAAUAUUAAUGUGCUCAAAUCUCAUCAUGUGUGUUAUUAAAAUGAAGCAGUAUAGAAUCCGAAUAUGAAAAAGAAAUGGGAUUGAAAGUGUGAGAAGAUUCACCAUCUUUGCAUUGAUCAUUAAUAACUGCGUUUUAAUGAAUGUAAAAUGAAAUGCUGAGGACAGCACUGUAGGAAAAAAACAAAUGCCUACUUAUUUUUUCGGUUUCCUUAGUGCUGUUUUCAAAAUGCAUGGAUGGAAAAAAGACAAAAGAUGAAGAGAAGAAAGUCAAAAGUGGAAUAAGUAAAGUCGGGAAGGAGGCAAAACCAUUGAAAGAAACGAGACUAACGCAGUGAUGCUCCCAGCUCUGCAUGGCUGUACUCUGAAAUGCUAACAUGGAUGUUUCCCAUAAAGUCUGAGCAAAAUGUCAAUGUAAAUCAAACAUGUCACUUAAAAGCACAACAAUGAACCUCAUAGUGGGUGAUUUCAGGAAGUCGGGUGGUUUCAUCCUCCAGGUUCGUCAGCACAAACCUUCACUGACGACCAUCCAUCACCUGUUCUGAAAAUGUGGAGGACAGAAUUUGAUGAUCACUGUGUGGCCAAAAAGCUUUGAGAGUUUCCAUCAAAUUUAAGAUGUUUAUCUGUCACAAAUAAUUGACAUGACUGUUAAAAACCUGUUUACAGAAACCUAGGAAAGUGUUCAGUUAGUAACACAACAGCAGAAGAAGUCAACAGUGGGGAAAAGACGUGUGGUUGUUCAUUAUCUUCUAUCACCAUUCGCAGGAGAUGAUUAACUCUUUAUAUUUAAAUUUAGACUUUAAAACUGUCUUUUUGAAAUCAGGAAAUCAAAGAAAUCUGUGGAGACCUGGGACUCACCUCUGAUAAAUCCAUGACUUCAGGAAGAAUCAUUUCGGACUUCCAUCCACUUUUCACACCUAACUGUGGAUUCAAUAACUGAAAUGUAUAUUGUAAGUAGCUGUACAGUGUAUUGCUUACUGGUAUGUGCACACGUUGAGAGCAUUUCUUGCAGAAGCAGCUUUUAAUUUUUAUGAAAUAAAAGGAUAUAUAGUAGUACAAUCGUACGUAUAGUUUGACUCUGUCACCAUUAGAAACAGUAUCUCUCCUACAACUGUUGUUGUAAUUAACUGAGUAUCAAGGACAUCAGAAAUGUGUUAACUCAUUUUACUUCUGCCCUUUUUCCCCCCCUGAAUCUUGAAAUACAAAUUGCGUCAGUGAAGAUUUGUUAGGCAGCUAGAGGCCGAGAACGUCUGGAUUUCAAAUAAAAGUGCAUUGGAUAUAAAAUACAAUAAAAUUGGUGUCAUAGCAAGAUUUAAUCAAUGUUUCAUAUUAGUGGAGUGAAACAAUAUGUAUUUUAUAAGUGUUCUAAAGUAAGUUUUUAAGGUAUAUUUCCAUCUUAUGACACUCUAUAUCACAGAAAUGUCAUACUUUGUUCUGCAGGACAUUUAUCCGCCAUUUUAAAUGAUCUGUAAAAUAUUAUAAAAUGCUGAAGUAUUUAGAUUAGACUUCUCAACGCUACUUAUUACAAUCCAGCCACAAAAUGUGCAAAUAUCAAUAUGACUGUCACU